AUGAAUCAGGAUGCUGGAGAACUGAUAGACCUGUAUGUUACCAAGUUGAGAACGCAAGCCGCUAAAUGUAAGUUUGUCGUGAACCACAGACACACAUACAUGAACGAUGCUGAUCCCCCUGAAGAACAAGUCCUGGAGGCAGAAACAGACAUUUCAGAUCAGUUCAUCAGAGACCGUUUAGUUUGCGGCAUUCAUGACCAAAACACUAGAGCAAAGCUUCUUCGCGAGAGAAACUUGACAUUAGAUUCUGCAAUUAGGAGCAUCAAGGCUGUUGAAACAGCCAACAACCAUGUGAAAAAACUCUUCAAUCAAAAGAGUGCAUUGUCUAUAGACAAGGUGAACAGAAAAUAUAAUAACAAAAACUUUCACCAAUCUUCAAAAUCAAAACCUCAAUCGAAAUGUUAUAGUAGCAAUGAGAGUGUUAAAACUCACAAAACAGGUGAGUGUGGACGAUGUGGUGGACCAAAUCACAGCAGAUCACAGUGUCCAGCUUCCAAAGCUGCCUGUCAUGUGUGCAAACUUGUAGGACAUUAUGGAAAGAAAUGUCGGACCAAGAAAGUACACGAAUUUCAACAAGAGAGCGCCACAAGCUUCAGCGACCACUCCAACAGUGAUUCUAUGUUUAUGGGACUGUUGAUCAGCACAACCACAACAUCAGUAUCUAGUGAUAAUCAAUGUGAUUGUAAGUGCGAGUGUAAACACCGCAAAGAGAUUGAUAUUGACUGUGUAGAUUGGGUUGAAAAUGCCGAGUUAGAAGAUGUUCAAGUGCAGUUUAAAAUUGACACCGGAGCACAAGCAAAUGUUUUGCCGCUUUCACUGUAUACAAAAUGUUUUAGGAGUGACAGUUAUUUGUCUGGUUCCACUGUUAAGUUGACUGGUUACGGGGGUGCAAAUAUUCCUGUUUCCGGUGAGGUAAAUUUAGAUUGCAAGAUAAAGAAUAAUAAUGUUAAUUCCAAGUUUAUUGUUGUUCCACUGGAAGUAAAACCAGUGCUAGGUUUACACACUAGUUAUCAACUUGGUUUAGUUAACCCAAAUACAUCAGUUUCAGCUGUGAGUGAGAGUAGAGAGAAGCACAGUGGUAGCACGAGUGAAGAGAUUAAGGUUUCAGGAACUCACAACAGAUUCAAGAGAUGUGAGAUUGAUAAUCACAAGGAUAUAGAUCAUUCACUAAGCCACUCACAACACCACCAGGGUGGUGCAGAGAGCUCACUGAAGAGUGAGGAGCAGUGUGAGAAGAUUCGGGUGAAUAAGUGUCGGGUGCAAAGUGAGUCGAACAGAGAGCAGGUGAAGAGUAAUGGGUUAAAACAGUACAUUCCCAAUCCAUACCCCUCUGUUCAGGCGUGUGAGAGUUCAGACCGUGUAGUAGACCAAGUCACUAACACUUUCAGGUACGAGGAGCUGAGCAAAGAGUUUGCAGAUGUCUUCAGCAACCAACAAGUUGGUUGUAUCAGCCAGCCCUACGAUAUAAAACUAAUAGAGAACUCCACUCCAGCAGUGCAUGCACCUAGAAGAACGCCUUUCACACUAGCAGAUAAAGUCAAGAAUGAGCUGCAUAGAAUGGUGAAGCUCAAGGUGAUAAAGAAGGUGGACGAAGCCACCGAGUGGGUGAAUUCUAUGACUGUAACCGAGAAACCUAACGGACAGAUAAGGGUAUGCUUAGACCCUACUGACCUAAACCGAGCUAUUAUCAGAGAACAUUCGCCGCUGCCGUCAGAUGAAGAGAUUAUGACGAGAUUGGGUGGAUCAGUGUUGUUCUCGAAGUUAGAUGCUCGAGACGGAUACUGGCAAGUCCCUCUAACAGAGAAAGCUAGUUAUCUGACAACGUUUAAUACGUUGAUUGGAAGAUUCCGCUACCUCCGACUUCCAUUUGGAUUAAAAUCAUCCAAUGAAGUCUUUCAGAAACGAAUGUCGCAAGUCUACGAGAGACUUGAAGGUGUAGAGGUAGUAUUUGACGAUAUCUUAGUACAUGGUGCUACGAGAGAAGAACAUGAUAGCCGUUUAAAGGCUGCACUACAAAGGUCACGUGAAGCCGGAGUAAAGCUCAAUGACACCAAGUGCAAAUUUGGACUACAGGAAGUCACAUAUUUGGGUCGUGUAAUCAGUGUUGACGGAGUAAAACCAGAUCCAGAAAAGAUUAAGGAUAUUCUAGAUAUGCCCAAUCCUACCGAUAAAACAGGAGUUCACAGGAUCCUGGGUAUGAUCAAUUUCCUUGCGAAGUUUAUUCCCAACAUGAGCACGCUCACGACACCACUGAGAGCCCUGUUAGUCAAAGAUACAGAAUUUAUUUGGACACACGAACAGAACAAGGCACUAGACAACAUCAAGAAGAUACUCACCAGUGAGCCUGUUCUAGGAUUCUAUGAUCCAAAGAAAGAAGUGACUCUACUAUGUGAUGCGAGUCAGUAUGGUUUGGGUACAUGCCUGAUGCAAGAUGGCAAGCCAGUAGCUUAUGCUUCGAGAAGUCUCACACCAGUACAAGUACAAGUACGAUACGUCCAAAUAGAGAAGGAAUUACUAUCGAUUGUAUUUGGUUGUGAAAGAUUUCACCAGUAUGUGUACGGAAAACAGAUACAGGUACACACUGAUCACAAGCCCUUGCUGAGUAUAGUCAACAAACAAACCAUAGCUGAAGCACCGCCAAGGAUACAAAGACUGCUGCUACGACUCUUGCCUGCCAAGUCUUAUUUCAGUCAGCGAGAUAAUUUGUUUGUCGUCGACGAUAUCCUGCUUUUUGGUACCAGGAUCAUAAUUCCGCGAAAGUUACGUCCCGAGCUCUUAGAGAGGAUACAUGUUGGUCAUCAAGGCCAAUCUAGGUGUAAGAGCUUGGCACGUAAAAGUGUGUAUUGGUUACACAUGAACCAAGACAUUGAUGAGAUGGUACGCAAGUGUGAACCUUGUUUGAUGAAGCGCAGCUUCCCCAAAAAGGAACCUCUGCGACCAGACAGUGUCCCUGAACGGGCUUGGCAGAGAAUAUCGGUAGACAAGUUCAGUGCUAAAGGUAGAGAGUACCAGCUUAAGAAACGUGUAAUUGAUAUGGAACAGCAUUACAACCAGCAUACCGUUCCGAGAGAUGAUUUUGUUCCAGGACAGUUAGUCUGUUAUAGAGACAACCUAUCUGACAAGAUUUGGAAGCCAGGUAAAAUCCUAGCACCAAGAUCUGAUGCUAACGGUAGAUCAUAUGUACUGCUUUCGCAAGCUGGAAACCAGAUACUGAGAAACAAGAGAUUAUUGACUACAGACUAUACCCGUCGUCAACUCACUGUUAUCCCAGAUCAGGAUUACCACAUACCAACAGCAAAUACAGAUCCCGUUGUACCGGAUAGUUCUGUUAAUGUACCAGCUACUGCACCUGCCCCGUCUGGUGUUUUGACAGGUGGUAGUGCUGCAGGAGCCUCCGUGACCACUGCAGCAGAUCCCGUUUCCCCUGCUCAAGCGCCUGCUGGAGUGCUGCCCCAGCCUCCUGGGCUGCGUAGAUCAGCGAGAGUCCGUCAGCACACCUCCAAGUGCCGGUUGUCAUGCUGCCGAUAA